GUCUGGACAUACUGAUGAAAAUGACUACAAACUGACAUUUUAUAUGUUAAGUCACAUCUCACCAACAAGUCAACAGAAGGAUAUUUAAUCACAUUAAUGCAGAGUCCAGAGUUGAAAGCACUGUAGUUUACGAAUGUUGUACCUUUCAUUAUAUUUUUUCACUGGUGGAUUUCAACUUAGGUGGAUAAAAUAGUCUGUCACUUUCCUAACACCUAUUAAAAUUUGUAUCAUUUUUGUUAUUGUUCAUCACUGUGUAUUAAGCUCAGUAUCAACUCCUGGCGCGUUGUUUCUCUGGCACGUUAUUUUCCGCUCAUUUCCGUUAAUCGGGAUCACUUCCGUGCUCAUUGCACUAAUCUUACUGUACCGACUUUAAGUCUGGUGAAUCAUGAUCAUCCCGGAAGACCAAAUAUGGAUGGUGGUUGUUGGUUUCUUGAUUGCUUUCGUUCUUGCCUUUGGAAUCGGUGCGAACGAUGUGGCGAAUUCAUUUGGAACCAGCGUUGGCGCUAAAGUAUUGACAUUGAAACAAGCUUGUAUUCUUGCUACAAUCUGUGAACUAAGUGGUUCCGUUCUUUUGGGUGCCAAAGUUUCCAAUACAAUACGGAAAGGUAUUGUCAGCGUUGAGCUUUUUGGUCAAAUUGAGAACGGACAUGUAGUUUUAAUGGCUGGGCAAGUUGCUGCUUUAGGAGGUUCCUGCAUUUGGCUUCUAAUCGCCACAUUCUUUCGUCUUCCGGUUUCUGGCACGCACAGUAUUGUCGGUGCUACAAUGGGUUUCAGUCUUGUUAUCUUUGGAUUGAAUGCUAUUCAGUGGCAGGGGCUUCUAAAAAUCGUUGGAUCAUGGUUCCUUUCACCUGCUCUAAGUGGUUUAGCGUCUAUCGGUGUGUUUUUCCUCAUGCGUUACCUGGUGCUCAGAAAAGAUGAUCCUCUGGAACCUUCACUUAAACUUCUUCCAGGAUUUUUUGGCACUGUAGUUCUAGUCAAUUGUUUUUCAAUAUUUUAUGAAGGACCUGCAUUAUUGAAAUUUGACAAAAUACCUCUCUAUGGUGUAUUUAUAAUUAGUUGUGGUUGCGGUAUUAUCACUGUACUGAUUGUCAAAUUCAUUUGGGUACCUUUUGUUCGACGACGGAUAUUAACUGGAGAAUCUAGCAGUUGUAUUAUGAAAGAAUUUCUUUCACGUAAAUGCAAAAAGAAGUCUUCGUCAACUUUAAAUAGUAAAUACCCGUCUGUUUUAAGCUCGGACUCAUCUGAUGCUCCUAUAGCAAGUCAUGAAUCCAUUGUUAUGACUGCUUAUCUACCUAAGGAAGAUGGUGUCAUCAUAACGGAGGCCAAAAAUGAUAUACGAAACAAUAGUAACAAGGCAAUAGUUGGUAAAUCAAACGGUGAGGAUAAAACUGAUGCCAGAAAAUCAACAAAUAAAGCUGUACUGCCCGUUGGUGAAGGUGUAAUUCAAAAUGAAGUACCAAGUCAUUUUGAAGUUAAACCAAGUGUACCCGAUGAAGUGAAUAAUGGAGAUAAGAAGACUACUCUUAAAGGCAAUCAACAACUUAACAUGGUUGUAGCUUAUUCAGCAAAUGAACAAUACUUAAACAAUGAUAGUAAUCAUACAUUAAAUAAUGGUAAAAUGAAUGUCACAUUUCCACCUAAUCUGGCUACAAUCGGUGAGGAACCUGAACCUAUUGAUUUAGUCAAAGAUCGACCAGCUGAAGCUCAGGUCUUUUCAUCGCUUCAAAUUCUAACUGCUGUUUUUGGUUCAUUUGCUCAUGGUGGUAAUGAUGUCAGUAAUGCUAUUGGCCCGUUAAUUGGUUUAUGGUUAAUUGCUACAACACAAUCUGUUGAUUCGUCUAAGCCAACCGAUCUUUGGAUUCUUGUUUACGGUGGUGUUGGUAUCUCCGUUGGUCUAUGGAUAUGGGGUAGACGUGUUAUUCAAACAUUGGGUGAAGAUUUGACCAAAAUGACACCAUCUAGUGGUGUUUGUAUUGAAAUCGGUUCGGCGUUGACUGUUCUGAUUGCAAGUAAAAUUGGUCUUCCAAUAUCUACUACACACUGUAAAGUUGGUUCAGUUGUCUUUGUAGGACGUGCACGAUCUAGAGAUAAUGUCAACUGGGGAAUAUUUCGUAAUAUCUUGAUUGCAUGGCUUGUAACACUGCCAGCAGCUGGUGCUAUAUCUGCUUUUCUCAUGUAUAUAUUCACAUUCAUUAUAUGAGUAACCACUAAUAUUAUUGUUAUUAUUACUAUUAUUAUUAUUAUUAUUAUAUGAGUACAAUCAGCCUAAUCAAUGCAAUUCAAUGAAAAGAAGAACAGUAAAGUGUGUAAUAACGUCAAUUUCUAUUCUUACUCAUUUUGUGUAUUGAUAAAGUAUUAUUACUCUUAUUAUUAUUACUGUAUUUUCUUCUUCAUAUCAAAUAUUUUCUUUUCCUGUCUCCCGUCAACCCCUCUCGCAUUCCGGGGGGGGGAGGCACAGACUUGCUGCAUGCAAAAAAAUACACUGAAAUGAAGUGUGUGUGUGCAUUCUUUUUAGUAAUACAUUUGUUAUAGUCAGUUACAGUUUUGAUUGCUUAAUUGACUGACUGUUUUCUACUGAAACAAACAGAAAAAAGAACAGGUUUCUGGUUUACUGUCUUGUUCAGAUGUUUCUUUCGUUCAGUUUUUCGUAAUUUAUUCACAUUCACUGUCGUACAUACCUUCACUGUUCUCCAUCCCACCCUAACCCAGCUCACCUCCGACGCCUGCCCGUUCGACAAUUCCCACUUUCUCUUAUUUCCUUAUUUCAAUUCCAUCGAGUUUGUACACACACACACACACACAUGUACUAUCCAUCAUCACAUUAUAUGUAAUAGAAGAAAACAAAAGGGAACGAGUAUUGUGAAACUAUCCACACACACACACACAAUGGUGUUUCUUUUGUUUUUUCAACUAUGCUCCAUUCAAAUAAUUUGAUUGCUUGUUUUAUUUUUUUAGCGAAUUUGGAUUUUUCUUUUUUUGUCAACUGAUAGAUUGUUUCGUUGAAAACUUCACAUUGUUAAUAAUUUUGAUUUAUUAUGUAAUUGAUUGAUAAUAUUAUUACUAUUAUUGUUAUCAUUAUUCGUAA